AAUGGCAGACUAACUGUUGACAAACAGAGACGGGAAAAACCCCUUUUAUUAUAAAGAAAGGGACUUUUCCCUAAUCCCAUAAAGUAGAUGUAUAUCGAUAUAAUAUAUCGCGUGUAGACCUUAUAAAACACAGUCUGUUGCACGGAGCGCGGCAAAGGGUCUUAUGUGCGAUUUAGCUUCCUUCAAUAAGCCGAAUUUUCAAUUCAGUCAGUUGAGGAAAAAAGCGUAUGAACUUCCGGUUGGAUCCGAUAUCACCAGUGAUUCUCAGAAUAUCAAGACUUGAUUAAUUUCAAGGAUUUCAUUUUUCAGUUGUCUGGCCGGCUUUCCACGCAGCGUAGAGGUAAAGAAGCACCAUGCAUGAUUACAGUAAACCUUUGGGAAAGAAACGAUUGCGAUUCAGGGACUGGUUGAUCGAUAGACUUAACAGCAAGGAAAUCGAAGGAGUGCAGUGGAUUGAUCGAGAACGAGGACUAUUCACAAUACCCUGGGUACACGGAUCUCACCAAAGAUGGAAUAUAAACGAUGUUGAAAUAUUUCGCCAGUGGGCUAUUUACUCCGGAAAGUACGAACCGUCCAGAGAUACACAAGAUCCCAGAAAAUGGAAAACGAACUUUAGAUGCACGUUGAAUGCUCUUCGCGAUUUCAAAGAGGUGCGCAAUGGAAGCUCGUCUCAAGGGCCCAGGAGGUUCAAGAUCUACAGCUUGGAAAGCAUCGCCAAGGGAAAGAAGGAGCGGAGUGGGUGUGAGAAGGAGGAAGAACAUGGUAGACGAAAUGAUGGAUCCUGGACCUAUCACAAAACCUGCAUUACAGAAGUCUUCGUUGGUUACUCGAGCUCGUCCAAACUCAGCCUACCCUGCAUUCGAGACACUUGUGCUGGGAAAAUCAACAGGGAUGUUCCCUUUUCCUCAUACACACUGGUUCUUGGCGGCUUGGAAUGCUAUGGCAGUAGACCAACAUGUCGAGAAACCCGAACUGGAAAAAUUCGCAGACGAAGGUGCAGAAGAAAGUGGAACUGAAGGCAGAGCCGAGGGGGUGCAGUCGAAGAGACUGGUGAAAAAGCAAGAAAGCAGAGAAAUCUGUAACCAUAAAAGGACAAUUACAGCAGAGGAGCUGGCCAACGCUCAAGAAAUCACCGAUCUGGUAGAUCGAAUGGCUGCAGACUCUCGACCUUCACCUGAGGAGCUGGACGGCAUGGAAGAAUCAAAUGAGGAGGAAGACGAGAUGCCCAGCGAUCAAGAAAUCAUUGAUCUGGUAGAUCAAAUGUCAGACCAGAGUAGCUCCUCAUUUGAAGAGUUGAACGGCAUAGAGGGAUCAAAUGAGGCAGAAGUCGAGGAGCCCAACGAUCAAGAAAUCAUCGAUCUGGUAGAUCAAAUGUCAGACCAGAAUAGCUCUUCAAGUGAGGAGCUGGACGGCAAGGAACGAUCAAAAGAUGAAGAAGACGAGAUGCCCAGCGAUCAAGAAAUUAUCGAUCUGGUGGAUAAAAUGUCAGACUGAAGAGUUGGGCGACACGGAGGAAUCAAAUGAGGAAGAUUAAUCAGACGAUGCUUCCACUCCAACAGAGAAAA